AUGAACGGGCAACCGUACCAACCGGUGCCCACCCAGCAUCCGCUUCCGGUGUACACCUAUGACGCGCCGCCACCUACAAUAUCAGUGCCCGAUGAGAAGGAAAAAGCGCCCGUUGGCAUUUGGGCGAAAUGGAGCGGCAUCCUGAUUUUCCUGUUGCUCUGCGCUGGGGCGGGAGUGGUGAUAGGAAAGUGGGGGCUGAAGGAUCCGCCGCUGCUUCCGUUUUUCGGAGAACGAGAUUAUACCCUGGCUGAAGAUGGUACGCUAACGGAACACCUUACCAUCUCCCAAUCCGGCCAAUUCAUUCACGUCUACUGCAAUGCUACGGAACUCGCGGAUCGCUUUUGCCUCGAUCUGAAGAGCCACGGCGCGUCAAAGUUCAAAUUCUGCGCCGACUUCACCAAUGAAACUGAUCGUGGCGUGCAUUCGUUCAUGGAAAUGCUGGGGAAAGACGGGAAAACUGUCAAUGAGGAGACCGUGAACCCAUUUGAGCGCAACAGCACCGUCGAUUUACGCGUUCGUUUCACCGAAAAGUACGUGCAGGUUUUUGGAAACCAAGGCGAGCUCGGAAUCUAUGAUCGACCGGCUGGGAUUGAAGGGGAGCUGACCGCCACAUUGUCCGGUGACAUCAGCGGCGUUCGGUUAUUCAGAGUCGAAGGAGCCUCCUACUCCUGUCCGUUCGAAAACAACGUACAUUUUGAGAGGGAUGAUCGGCUGGAUUUGAAGCUUCAGCCCAUGAUGGAAUUGCGCGAUGAUGCGCAGAUACGCGAGAUUUUCGGCGACCGCGGGCUGCAGGACGUAACAGGAGCUAACAUAAUCCGUACGAAACGGAAAAGCAGCGGUCAUAGCGGUCGAGGCGGCUCGUCAUCUAGGUCCCACGGAUCGUCGCACGGCUCCGGCGGCGGCCACUCUUCCCACUCGGUCAAAUGGUAUUCCGGAAGCAGCAGCUCAAAAACGUACCGCAGCUACCAUAACCGGGUGCACACCCGGUUUGGCUUCUCGGGUCGUCGCCGGCAUCGCAACCGCAACCGCCAAGGCUACUACGCGUACAAGAGCUGGCGCGGACGCAGCGCCACGUCCGUACACCCGUACGCCGGGCCCGCGAGCUUCAGCUAUCGAUACGGCGGUCGCACCUACUUCGUCCCAACCACCCACUGCUACCACGGAUGCCGCGACGAGUUCCAGGGCAAAACUGUGGAGAUUCCGAAGCCAAAAAGCAUCAACAUAACGUUUUCUGAUGAGACGAAUACCCCGACGUUUAUCAUUUCCCUCCAAUUCGAAAAGGAUUCGGUGUGGAUUGAUACGUGGGAGAAGAGUUUCUUGACGGAUGGCCGCUGGAACCCGGCGCGCGCAAUUAAGAGUGACGAUAUGCCGAUUGAUGAUUGGAGAAUUUUCGACCUCUCCAUCAUCUACACCUGGACGGACCUGGAAAUAUACUUCAAUGGCGAGCGCUUCGUCGACUUUGACCACCGGGAGCACAGGCCGUACCUCGACAAGAUCCGAAUCGAAGGGGAUGUAGAGAUUCUGGACGUCACAAAGAAUGGAAAAACACUU